AUGUCAGAGAAGGCCUCCAGUCUUCCGGUCGACAUGUGGAAUAUGCCCCACGACGACUCCCUAUUCUCGGUCAUGGCUGCCGAACUCAGCGUUUUCUCUCAAGUCGAACUCGAGGCAGUACGCCUCUGGUGGGCGAGGAGUGAGAAGAGCAGCGAAACAGCCAACGACUGUCAGACCAGUUAA